UACCUAGAAAUCUAGAUAGAUCUAUCGGAGCGUAACACCGUAGACCGUAUAUUUGUAAUACUAAAUAGAUCUACAAUCUAGAUCUAAUACUAAUAAAAAAAAAAGUCAACUUUUGCAGGCUGCACAUUGCACGAUUUAGGCAGCAAAAAAUGGCAAGCAAUUUUGCAGAAGAUGCGGAGCUGUCACAGAUAAUCAAUAAGCUUUGGGAAUUAGAUGACAAUAAAUGUUUUCCUGAUGUGGAUUAUGAAAUAGAUUUACAAGGUUCUGUGUACAGCACCAGAGAUGUGAGUGAAGAUCAUGCCAAAAAUUCCCUCUUUAAAUGGGUCAAUGAAGAUAAAGUAUUCAGCAGACCAACAUAUAAAGCUUUUAGAGCACUCUUAGACAAUUAUGAAAUGGAACUGGGUCAAGAGGAAGUGGUUACCAGAGAAGAGCUGAAAGAGAAUCAAGAUUUUCUGAAUGCCAUUCUGGCCACCAAAGUCAUGAAGGAAGCUCACAAAUAUUUAGUUUCCAAAAGAGUUGCUCCUGAGGACAAGCAGCAGUUCAAAGCAAUGCUCAAUGAUAUCUGGUUUAAAAUGUUCAGGCGCCAGGCAUCAAGAGGAGCUGACUCUUGCAGUUUUGAGCAUGUUUUUGUUGGUGAAGGUCGUGAUACAGAAAUGAUAGGUCUUCAUAACUGGAUACAAUUUUAUCUUCAGGAAAAAGCAGGCAAUAUUAAUUACAAUGGUCAUUUCCGUAAAGAGACGGUUAAAGAUGACUCAGUAAUUCGCCUUCUGGCUGUGCAGUUUACCUGGAAAGGUAUCAAAGCAAAACCUUUUUGCAGUGUCUUUAUAGGAUCAAGUCCUGAGUUUGAAGUAGCAGCAUACACUAUUUGUCUCCUUCUGGACAGAGAUGGGAAGGCAGAUAUAAAGAUAGGCGAGUAUGAGGUAGAACUGACCGUCCAUAGUUUUGGCAGGCAGCGAAAGCUCGGCACAGCAUACAUUGCUGCAGCUCGCAUGGAGACUUACGCUAAAAAAAGAAAUUGGUAAUAAAUAAUAGCAUUUAGGCAGUUAUGUUUAAACUUCUUGUUAUAUUCUGAUCAUUUCUGUAAUUUUUUUUUUUUUUAUUUUGAGGUUAACAUUCAGUGCAAUGAAAAUCUUAAGUAAUGCAAUGGUUCCCAAAACAUGACUGGCAAUCAUUUUGUUAUCUGGAAUUCAGGAAAGAUCUAGUGCAGAGGUCAUUGUUUCUGGACACCUGCAUGUGGUUUUUGGUAUCUCAGUUUUUACUUUCACUCUUGCCAUUUCCAUUGAUACAAAUUUAGUGUUAUAUUUAGAAUAAACAAUCCAUGUAAAAAGUAACAUUUAUAAACUCCUCGUUACAUUUGAGCCUCAAAGAUUUAAAAUUGUUUUAGAGUACUUAAUCAUUAUAUAUUUACACUUAGGUUAAUUUCAGUGGUUUUGUUUUUAGUGUGAAAUAGAGUUUACUUUCUUCUUUUUUUUUUUUAUUGAAGUAUAAUAUAAUAUGGAAGUCUAAAAUAUAAGACGUCCAAUUUAACUCUUUUUUUUUUUUACCCUUGUAUAAACAAAAUUAUGGGAUUUUUGUGUAAUAAUAUUUCAUUUUGUUGAAUUUUUUAUUAUAAAUAAAAGAUUUAUGGAUGAAAUACUUCCAUGUAGAUAGAUAGAUAUAUCUUUAAAUUUGGGUCUUGCUCAAUUUCAUCUUGUGAUUUCAUAUACAAUACUCAUAGAAUAUUCUGUUUGGCUUCAUGAGAUUGUUGUAGCCAAAUUCAAAUGUCAAUUUUUUGUUCUGAAAGAUAAAAAUCUUGUAUUUGUAUGGUCAUUGCCACCAUGAAAACAAAAUUCACUAUUUAAAAAAAAAAUCUUCUUUGAUUAGAUAGACUGUAUGUUUAGUUUAUUUCAAUAAUGACAUUUAUAUUGCUGGAAAAUAUUUUGAUCAGCUGCUGCAAUCUUCUCCUUCCUUUGUAAUAUAAAAUCAUUACUAAAAAAUUGUUUGAAAUUGCUGCAUUAAUGCCUUUUUUUUUUUUCUUUUUUAAGGUGCUUAAUUUGAGAUUUUAUUCUACCUCUUUUGUCUCUUGGACUUCUAGUUCAAAACUCUGUAAUCUUUUGUGUAACUAUUUAUUUCAAUAUUCUCAAAUUUCUAAAUGGGAAUGGAUAUUUUUGGGGGAAAUUUGCUUGUUUCUUUAAUGUAGUUUUUUAAUGUAUAACUAUUGUUAACAUUUUUUUAUCUUUCUAUAAAUAUACAUACUGUGAUCUUUCAGUUAUGCUGAGAUAAUCUUUGUUUAUUGUGUUAUUUUUUUUUAAUAUUAUUUAAAAUUCAUAAAUUUUAAAUGUAAUGAUUAAUCUAACUAAAUUUUAUGGAAUAUUUUAUCUACAUUUACUAAUAUAAAUUUUUGUUUGUUUUAUGACUGUUAUAUGUUUUUUACUCAAGCAUCCAGAUCUCAUAAUUGCCUGUGAACAAAGUCUAUGCAUGUUUUUGAGCAUUUGACAGUUGGUUGCAAAUGAGAUAUGACUGUUUCAACUUAGUUCAGUUAUUUUAUGUCACUAGUUAUCUAGGAAAUGAAAGUUUAUGAAAAUGGUCUUGAUUUAGUUUCACAACAAUUGUUUAACAGAAACAUUUUAAAAAGCUCUAUCUUUCAAUGCAAAGUUUUGCAUCCAUUGUCAACACCUCAAGAAAAUAGAGUCCAGAUGUUUAUUAAAUAUAAAUACUUCUUAGGUAAAUAAAUUCAUAUUCUUUCAGAUAAAAACACAUCUUCUUCAUAAUUGUCCUAAGGUAACCCUAGUUAUUACUUCAUAGUUCAUUUGUUUUUAUGAAACGAAGAUAAUUAAAAUCCUUUAUGAAAAUUGUUUAGGGUCUAGAAUGUUAUUUGCAUUUACAACUAAUAAUAUUUUUUUUUACUAUAUCUGAUCUCAUUUCCAUUAUUUACCUUUAAAUCAGUCCAACAGAAUAAACAUUCUUUUUACUUAGAAUUUUUGUUUCUAGUAGUAUGUUAAAAGUUGUGCAUUUAUACUUUAUUGGAAGGGUAAUUAUUAGUUGUUUUUUCUUUUUCACUUAUGUUUCAGAAUAAAACUAUAUUUUCACCUG